GAAGGAGACAGGCUUAGUUAUCAGAGACGGAUCUGUGAUUUCACAUAAUUAUCAAUACUCUUCGGAAAAACUCAAGAAAAAGCGUUUUCAAUAUGAAGUUGAUUGUAAUCCUGGCCGGCCUUUUUGCUGUUGUAGCAGUCGCUCAUGCUUAUUCUACUAAUAUGCUGGAGGCUCUCUUGCAGGCACAACCGGCAGAACUGGAGCAAGAAGAACCCAGUAUGGAGAGAUAUCGUCAUGGUCAUGGUCAUGGUCAUGGUCAUGGUCAUUAUGAAGAGAUAAUGGAUGAUGCAGAACUGGAGCAAGACGAAGAGGCUGACGAACAGGCGACUGGUCACACAACUGAAGCCAUACUAGCUCAAGCUAUGUGUCAACGAGCCAGCAAGUCAAACAGAGAACGUGUGUACGCUGUCGGACGGGCUUGUAAAUCUCGCACAAGCUGCACGCAAAUAUGUAAGAGUGCUCAACUAAGGAGGCAAGAUCCCGAGCUUAGGAGAGGUAAAACGAGGUGUGCCAUGGCUUUCCAUGUGUACAAAAAUCGUCCAGCAACAAACCUCCAAGGAAAGCCUCUAACUGCAAAACUUGGGCUCAAGACUAGGAGGGCGUUGUGUAACUGGCGUGGCUGUGGACCAAACUUCUGCUGCUGUGUGAACAAGCAGUAAAUUCUCUGAACUGAAUAAAUACCCGAACCGGAUAACAUUUGUAGCUAUAUAGCUUAUAGUUAGAAUAACAUUUCAAGUAACAUUUGUAGAGCUUAGUUAGCUGCAUGCAUGUAUAUGGGGGAUAUACGCAGCUAUACAUGUGUUAUUGAUUUUUGUUUCUAGUGCUUUCCCCGGCCAAUCCUAUAUAUAAUAACUUUAACGUAAA